GCAGCUUGCAUCACAGGCUUCCACACGACGAAGCUCGAUGCGGAGGAAGGCGGCCAGAUUGCCUUUGUGCAAACGCGAGUGCAACAGGUAGGUCGAACGAAAAAACACCGCAAGGUGGCCUCAGUGAACAUUUCGGAGCCGGACGGUGUUUGCGUUGACUUGAAGGCAAGCGACCUGCAGCGUCCCAUCAAUGACGUGCUGCAGGAGCAUCCAG